AUGGCCCUCAUCUCCAGCGUCAGAUCCGCAUUCCGCGUCGUAGGAUCACCACGAUCACUAACCCUCACCAGACUGCGGACGACCCCUCAACCUCAGCCCCAUUUCACACAAACUCGCCCUUUUCUCUCAUGGCUACUCAACCCGAAGGAAGAACCCGUGAUCCCCAAGAAGCUGACCCCAUUGAAGCUCGAGGACACCGGCAACCGUCUACUCUUCUGGGACUCAACUUAUACCACCCCGCACAUGAAACCCGAGUUCAAUGACCGCAACGUUUCAUCUCUUAGUACAGGAACUUCGCACAGCUGCGCCGUUGUCGACGGAAACCUUCAUGUCUGGGGAUCCAACUACUACAGUCAGGUUGGACUGACAACAGAGUCCUUUCAUGAUGACGACUCGGAGGAGAUCACGGAUGUGCACUUUGUCAACCAGCUGGCGAACGAAGAGAUUGUUCAAGUCGCAUCAGGCAACUUUCAUAACUUGGCGCUAUCAAAGACGGGAAAACUGUGGUCAUGGGGCUCGGGUUGUCUUGGACGAGGGGAUGAGAUCUACGAUUCGCUUCCUCAACCCGUCGAGUUCUUCCAUGCCCUUGGACGGAAUAUUAAACAGAUCUUUGCAGCAGGGAACUACUCGAUGGCGCUGGUGACACCAAAGGACGGACACGACGAUGAACUCUAUAUCUGGGGCUACAUUCCAUUUGGCGAAGAGAAUGAGCAUGGAGAGGUUAAUCCUUUUAUGAGAAAAUGCCUCCGCCCUGUCCUCGUCACCUCUGUGCUCGGUUACCAUAUCUCUCAUGUUGCCUGUAGUCCUUGGCAUUUCACCCUUGCGGCCACGCCUGUACCGACCUCUACUUCGACUUCAACGGAUCAAUCGACAACUACCAACGAGAAGCCAUUGUUGAUGACAUUUGGACGGUACAGUGACGAGAUGUCACUCGAGAAACCUUAUAGUCCUUUGUUCUUGGACCUGCCGCCUGAGGAUGAGUUUUAUGACGUCAAACCAUGGAGGAUAUUUCGGUCCGUCGCUCCUACCUCCGACCUCGUCAUCAAGAAAAUGGCCGCCUCUAAAGGAUGCGACAUUGUGUUGAUGGAAAACGGAAGUGUAGGGGUCAGCGACCACGAGGACCACGUUGCACGACUGAUCCACCGGCCAUUGGACGACAAGAUUCUCGAUGUUGCCGGAGGUUCUUCAGAAGUGAUUGCCAUCUCGACUAAGGGACAGGUCCUCUCCUGGAGUGAACCUUCAGAAGGUGCCGAGGAGGAUGAACCUGCUGUUGCUGUUGAGGACCCCCUCACAGUAGAACUCGCAAACGCCGAGAUUGAGAAUGUCAGGAGGAACACAAAGAUUGGCAGUGGCUCAAAACAGCAGCAGCAACCAUCUCCACUCAAAUCAUCAUCACAACUGCCACCACAACCACUCAAGAGUGCCGGACUAUCAGCACUGCACCCGCUUUUGGACUUUAACAAGGACGAACAAAAGGCCGAGACCGAAGUGUUGGCCUUCUUUGAUUCCCAGCGUCGUGGACAGGAGCAGAAACAAAAGACGGUCCGUUUGGUUGAAGCUCUCUUUGAUCCGUCGAGGUUGGUUGUUGAGAAGCCGGGCCUUUCUAAAUGUGUUGCUCAGUAUGAUCGCUUCACUAUCUGUUGA